AUGUCUGCGUCUACUCUGGUUUCUACACCAGUUUCUGCAGCCAAUUCAGAAGAUAUCAUAAUUAAAAAUAGACUCCUGUUUGAUCCAAGAACAAUGAAAAAAUCAUUGAAAAAGUUUCUGGCAAUAGGCUUUGGAGAGCACAUGGAUGAAUCAUUGCAAAUUACUGACUAUUUUAAUUGUUCGACUGUACUUAGACGAAAAGAGCUGCUGGAGGAGUUUUUGGCUGAUUUGGACUCUACUCAGGUAUUUAUUGAGAGAAAUAAUCUGGUGGAUGACAUGACAGUUCGAGAAUCUGUACAUUUUGAACAAGAACGAUUACGAAUAGAAACGGAAAUUGCAGAUGCACAAGCAGAUAUUGAGCGGCUAAAAGAGGAACUGAUACAGGCGCAAGUGGUAAGGCAAAACAAAAUUGAAUACGAAGCCAUUUCAAAAGAAAUACACAAGCUUCCUAGUAGGGAACAUACUGAAAAGCAAAUCAAUAAUACUUUGGAAGAGAUCGAACAAGCUGGAAUUGAGAAAAUUGAAAUCGAGGAAGCCAAACAGCUUCGUAUUAAGCAUUUUAUGUCGGUAGUGGCUGCCAUUUAUGAAUUUCAAGCCAUGUUUAACGUUUCUUCUGAAACUGUUGAAGAGACUAAAAAUACUGGGCGAUUUGGUCGAAAUAAUCCAGAUGUAGAUAAUGAGGAGGAGGGAGCAUAUAGUGCUGAGGCUGAAGAAGAUGAAGAAGGUGCUAUUCCUGAAGACUCGAAUCGCUGGCUAACAUUGUACUGGGGAUUUGUAGAUGCGAUGGAUACGUCAUGA